AUGGCGGCCGAGGAAAUUAGGAUUAAGAAUAAAAUGAAAAGACAGCAGCUUUUUGCUGAACUGAAAGAUCAAAAGAACAAAGAGCGUCAUAAGAUGAGAAGACAAAGGGCAAAAGAGGAGCGGGAGAAUCCAGAGAUGAAAGAGCAGAGAAUGAAAGAAAACGUUCCUAACACGAUAGACAAUAUGAGAGUAUAUGACGAAACUAUAAAUCAAGACGCGGAAGGAGGCGAUGAAGAUUUUGCGAGUUUUUUCAAUAACGGUAAUGAACCUCCAAAGAUUCUGCUUACCACGAAUGUGAAUGCCAAAAAAGCGGCUUACGAGUUUGCCAACGUACUUAUAGAAAUUUUGCCCAACGUUACAUUCGUGAAAAGGAAGUUUGGUUACAAGCUUAAGGAGAUUGCGGAGUUUUGCAACAACAGAAACUACACUGAUCUUGUGAUCAUCAAUGAGGACAAAAAGAAGGUCACUGGCCUCACUUUUAUACAUCUGCCCGAAGGCCCUACAUUUUAUUUUAAGAUUAGUUCCUACGUGGAGGUGAAGAAAAUUGUCGGUCACGGACGACCAACUAGUCAUAUUCCAGAGCUUAUUCUCAACAACUUUCAAACCACACUGGGAAAGACUGUCGGUCGUCUUUUCCAAUCUAUUUUCCCCAAGAAUCCUGAUUUCGAGGGAAGACAGGUCAUAACGCUGCACAAUCAAAGAGAUUACAUUUUUUUCCGGAGACAUAGAUACGUUUUCCGCAAUGAGGAAAAAGUUGGUCUCCAAGAACUGGGGCCCCAAUUCACCAUGAAAUUGCAAAGACUGCAAAGAGGCAUCAAGGAGGAAACCGAAUGGGAGCAUGCACCGGAAAUGGACAAGGAAAAGAAGAAGUUCUACUUAUAG